AACAAGAAGGAGGCGGUGUUUCCGGGAACAGGCGGAGCUUUCUUGAAUAAGAAAACUCCCCGGAUGCUGCCUAGCCUGAGACCGGCUCGGAACUUUCCAGAAAAGUCGGGAUCGCCUUGUUUGUGCGAGAAAGCAGCCGACGAGGGCUUGACUUCGCGAUAGCAGUUGCACCAUGGUGAAGGAGACCACAUACUAUGAUGUGCUUGGGGUAAAGCCCAAUGCCUCCCAAGAAGAACUGAAGAAAGCUUAUAGGAAGCUGGCACUGAAAUAUCACCCUGAUAAGAAUCCUAAUGAGGGUGAGAAGUUCAAACAGAUUUCUCAAGCCUAUGAAGUACUGUCUGACCCCAAGAAAAGAGACUUGUACGAUAAAGGUGGUGAACAAGCUAUAAAAGAGGGUGGUACAGGCAGUGGCUUUGGAUCACCUAUGGAUAUCUUUGAUAUGUUCUUUGGAGGAGGUGGAAGAAUGCAAAGAGAGCGAAGAGGUAAAAAUGUUGUUCAUCAGUUGUCUGUCACACUAGAAGACUUGUAUAAUGGAGCAACACGAAAAUUGGCUCUACAGAAGAACGUGAUUUGUGAUAAAUGUGAAGGCCGAGGUGGCAAAAAAGGUGCAGUGGAAUGCUGCCUUAAUUGCAGAGGGACAGGCAUGCAAAUCAGAAUUCACCAAAUAGGACCAGGAAUGGUCCAGCAAAUCCAGUCUGUGUGCAUGGAAUGUCAGGGCCAUGGGGAGCGCAUCAGUCCCAAGGACAGGUGUAAAAGCUGCAAUGGAAGGAAGAUUGUUAGAGAGAAGAAAAUCCUGGAAGUCCAUAUUGAUAAAGGAAUGAAAGAUGGUCAGAAGAUAACUUUCCACGGUGAGGGUGACCAAGAACCAGGGUUGGAGCCUGGAGACAUCAUCAUUGUCUUGGAUCAAAAAGACCAUUCUUUGUUUACAAGGCGAGGUGAAGACCUGGUCAUGUGCAUGGAUAUCCAGCUAGUUGAGGCACUGUGUGGCUUUCAAAAACCAAUUGCAAUGCUGGAUAAUCGAACCAUAAUCAUCACUUCUCAUCCUGGUCAGAUUGUGAAACAUGGAGAUAUUAAAUGUGUACUUAAUGAGGGUAUGCCGAUCUAUCGUAGGCCAUAUGAAAAAGGUCGUCUGAUCAUUGAGUUCAAGGUGAUCUUUCCAGAUAGUGGCUUCCUUUCCUCAGAUAAGCUUUGUUUAUUGGAAAAACUACUACCUCCACGGCAAGAAGUGGAAGAAACUGAAGACAUGGAUCAGGUAGAGUUGGUGGACUUUGACCCAUCUCAGGAAAGAAGACACAAUUACAAUGGGGAAGCCUAUGAAGAUGACGAGCACCAUCCCAGAGGUGGCGUCCAGUGCCAGACAUCUUAGGGUGGUCUCUUGAGCCUUCUUGUACUGCUUAUCCUGUAUGUCAGUUGUGGAUGAGUGAAGGACUACAGUUGCAAAACUCUCAAACUUGCCAUUGUCCCUAUAAUAUUCAAAACAGUUUUUAAAUCAAGCUAACAAAUUAAAUCAGUAAAACUACACUUCAAUCAAGUUGGAUGACGUUCAUAUUUGCAUAUGGCCUAAGGAAACCAGAAUCUGCUCUGGGUGUUUAUUAAUUUGUGCAUUGUAAUUGUAUUGUGUGCAAAAAGCACUGGCUUUGUAUUCAGUGAUUUGUUUAGUAUUAUAAAUUAUAUUCCCUCUUAAGUAUGCACAUGUAUUUAUGAUUCAUGUUAAGAUGUGAAAUUAAAGUUUUGUAUUCAGCAGUUCAUAGAUAUGUUGUGUGCUGGAUGUGUACUGUGGCUGGUUGAGACUUCACACUGAACCUGCAUGGUGCUGUACUUCUAUUGAACCCAACAGGAAACAGUUUAUCUUCAUGUGCCCAGUUAGAUUUGUGCACAAGGAUUAACUGAUAAGGCCAAGAGGCUUCUGAGGCUAGUAGUUCCUAGCACUGGAAAUGCUGAGAUUGAAGUUCCUAGCUCUGGAAAGUUACGAGUACCCCUUCUCCUCACACACCCACCUUAACCAUGCUAGAAUACUGAUAAUCCUCCCUUUUAAUGUUAAAUUAUCCUAGCAUGAGUAUAGAAGUUAAAUUCCACUGAAAUGCUCAUAUGAGAUGGAAAAACAAUGUUUUAAGACUUGUGAGUGAGAUACUUGGCACUUAACAAUGGAAGUCAUGCAACUGAAAAGUAGCAAGAUCUAGGGCAAAGUCAGAAAACUGGUUUACUCAACUUUAAAUAGGAAUUUUGGACCAUUUGUGCUUGCAUCAUUAGUUUUCAGUGCUCCUAGACUAAAACAAGUUAGAUUGCAUGAGUACCUACAGAAAACACCUUGCAAACACUGUAAGUGGCUCCAAGUCUGUCAUAAUUCACUGCAGGUGUUAGGGGUUUUUUGUGUUAGUUUCCUCAAAGGGCUACCUCCAAUAUUGGCCAUUUCAAAAUAUUAACUGGUAUAAUAUAUCGUCUUCUAUAGGCUUGAUUUCCAGUUUAUUCUUGGGCCUCAGUAACUUGGGGAGGGCUUAAUACUUAUUCAAGUGCCUCUUUUGGGACUCAAAUGUACUUAAAGGUGACACUUGAUCUUUUCUGAGAAUUCCAUUGUUAACAUCCCUGUUACAGUAGGCAAGCCCACCAGUAGUGCUUAUGCUGUACAUACCGAGCAAGUGUGCUAACUGAUACAGCAGUCCAGUUUCUCAUGUAGUAACAGGUCUGGUAUAGCAAGGCCUUAAACUGACUCUUCUCCCUAGUCACUGGCAGGAGUUUAAGUUGUAUAGCUAAUCAUGAUCCAUGUGAUAAGGAUGUUAGUGGAAUUGAGUAUGUGACUUUUUAAAGAUGCUUGCAUAUUGUAUUUUAAACUGAAUUUCAACCCUUAAGGGGAAAAUAAAUACUGUACUUCCAACA